GACGGCGGGAGCACCUUGCUGUGUGUGUAUGCGUGAGUGUGCAUGCGUCUGUGUGUGUGUGUGUGCGUGUCCAGAUCAAUGCGUGAGGAUGAACCGCGCAUAGGCUGGUGCUGCUGCUCAGUGAGGAGAGGAUAACGUUGAAGGAAGGAGCGGAAAGUCCAAGACUCGGAGCACACACACUCAUCACCCUGUAUCUGCCUCUGCAAAGUGCUGUUUCACCCUUGUUUCGCUCGUUUGCCGUCUCCGCACCCCUGUGGGAAGCUUUGGAGAGCAACCUGCACGGAGGCGCAAAGCUUUCGCACACAUUUCUGAGGAUUGCACCAUUUGUCAGUAAAGGUCCAGGAUGGUGCUCACUGUGUGUGCAGCUGGGCGGCAGAUCCUCUUUGCUCUGAUGCUGCUGCUCUAUUUAGGUUUGGGUGAAUCCUCCUCCAUAGUGAACAUGCGUAGGAUCACCCAUCCUACAGUACAACAAAUGCUGGCAGGCAAAGCCGUCCUCCCAUGUGUCUUCACCCUCCAGACCAGCUCCUCCAACGAGCCUUCCCACCUCCUGUGGACUCAUAUCAGGCUACCAGCAGGAGGACAGGGCGCUCCUCUGGAGCAGAUUGUACUUUCUGCUAAAGGUGAUGUAAUCAAGGUGAAUAAGGCUUUCAGCGGCCGCGUCAUGCUGCCAGGAUACACUGCCAAUCCUCUGAAUGCUACCAUGGAGAUCUCCAAUCUCCGUACCAACGACUCAGGCACUUACCACUGUCAGGUUGUCAUGGGUAACGACUAUGAGAGAGACUCUGUGCCCCUGGUGGUCUCCGGUGUGGUGUUUCACUACCAGGCUCCCAGCGCCCGCUACGCCCUUUCAUUUACAGAUGCCCACCAGGUCUGCCAGGAAAUCUCGGCUCAGAUGGCCACACCAGCCCAGCUGUGGGCAGCAUACUAUGACGGCUUCGCCAGCUGUGCAGCUGGAUGGCUGGAUGAUCAGACUGUCCGCUAUUCUGUCCAGAUGCCAGAGCUUGGUUGCUAUGGACACAAGGAGUACUCUUCUGGAGUGAGGAAUUAUGGGAAGAGGGGCCCGAAAGAGCUGUUUGAUGUGUACUGUUUUGCGAAAGAACUGGAUGGUGAGGUGUUUCACUCCUCGGUUCCAGGCAGGUUGUCUCUGUCCUCAGCCUCAGACCGCUGUGUGUCCUUGGGGGGUCAGCUGGCCACAGUAGGGCAGCUGUAUCUGGCCUGGAGGGCCGGCCUGGACAGCUGUGCCCCAGGCUGGUUGUCUGAUGGCAGCGUCCGCUACCCAGUGACUUGGCCUCGCCCGGACUGUGGAGGGAGCCAACCGGGAGUACGCACCGUCAAACCCAACAACACUGCUGACAACACCACAGCGCUAUAUGAUGCCUACUGCUACAGAGGUAAAGUGAAGAAUUCGGGCUCCAUUUCUCAGAUCUACACCUCCCUGUGGAAACCCUGGAGCUACCUCACAGGCUCAAGUGAUGCUGACUCCGCAGGGACAGGCAGUACUGACUUGACUACACAGCCAAUCGCCACUACCAGAGGGUCCUCAGAUGUUUCACCUUCAAACUGGACAGGAUUGGUCGACCUAGAGGAAGAGACCUCCCUUCACAGCACUGACGCUUCCUCAGACCCAUGGUCCUCAGAGUCUUCAGGGUCAUUUGUGACCCUCCAGCUUAUCCCAGGACAGAGCGUCUUAGACUGGGGAGAGCCACUGGAGCCAGGCCCCGACUCAGAGGAGUUCCUCCGACCGCCAGUCCACCCCACUCCUGCUGAGAAGAAGGUGUUCACAAAGAUUGUCAAGUCCAUCUGGAAGCCUUGGAAGUACCUGACAGGAGAUGAGGAAGGUACCCAAGCACCAACUGGACUGGCAGGGGAAGAGGGGACAGUCACAAAAAAGACAGAUGACAAGUCAAAUUCAUCCAGGACAUCAUCACCAGGUUUGUUUUCUUGGAGUAGUUCAUGGUUCAGCAGUCCCUCUAGGGAGAACUCUACACCAGCCAGUGAAGAAUCACCCACUCAUUUGGCAUCUACUUUGGCCGCCUCCAGUAACUCUAUGACUACAGAGAGCACCAAGAGCUGGAAGAAUUCAGAGACACACAUGUCCACUGCCUCCAGCUCUGCUGCAGAAAUCACCUCAUUCAGUGGAGAAACCUGGGUCCGCGUUGAAGCGAAGACCACCACCCAACCAGGUGAAAAGAGGGAGGAGACCGUGACCUCUCGAGCCGGCGGUAGAGGCGGCAGAGGCAGGAAGAAGAACAGAGGGGAGGACAGAAGCAAAGGAGAUGACAAGGGGAGAGGAGAGGAUAAGGGAAAAGCAGAAGACGAGGGGAGCGGAGAAAUCACUGGUGCAGAAGCCAAAGGUGAGAUACAAGUUUCACGUCGACCAGUUGGAACAAGUAAACCAAGAGAAAGAUCCAGAGAAAGAUCUAGAGAGAGGGGUCACAGGAAGGGACAGUCCACAACCACCACGACUACUACUACCACCACUAGUCCUCUGGAGCUCACAGUGAUGACCACAACUGUGUCGGAAAGUGCUGACUUAACUACAUCUGAAUCCCCGUCCACCUCACCAGUAGAAACACCAUCACCAUCAGUUUCAGAUCCAUCGCAGUCCCUCUCCUCAUCUCCAUUGCCGUCCGUCACUACGUCUGUGUCAGCAUCUCCAUCCUUUUCUCAACCAUCCCCAUCUCAAUCUCAGUUUGAAUCCCAGUCUCCCUCCCCAUCUCCAUCAAUUCCAUCUUCCUCCUCUCCAUCUCCAGUCACUUCCUCACCACCAUCCAAUUCCCAAACGCCAUCCCACUCACCCUCACCCUCACCCUCAUCAGCCCCUUCCCAUUCCCCAUCUCAAACUGUUGAAUCAGGGGACCCAGCUUCAUCUCCUCACACAGACGAACUGGACAGCUCCACUACUAACCCCCUGACAUCACUUAACUGGGUCCCGGUGGAGAAAGCAGUUCUGAACAGCUCUCUGGAUUAUCAUCCAUUACUGCCCGGACCCCCAGAUGAGGAGGAGCCUGCCUGGUCUCAUGCUGUGGGCUCGGGGGCUCUGUUACCUGGCAACAUGGAGGAGGAGAGCAACAAAGGAGGAGUCAACAUCAGUACCAUUACUCUCAGCCCAACAGUUGAGGUGGAGCCCUGCAUGACAAACCCGUGUCUGCACGGAGGAAAGUGCCUUCCUCAGGGAACGGGCUACAGCUGCUACUGCCCACAAGGAUACGCUGGGGAGAACUGUGAGAUUGAUGUAGAUGACUGCCACUCAGAGCCAUGUGAAAAUGGAGGCACUUGCAUUGACAAGAUUGAUUCAUUCCUCUGCCUUUGCCUGCCCAGCUACGGAGGAGACAUGUGCGAGAAAGACAUAGAAGGCUGCGAGCACGGUUGGAGGAAGUUCCACGGCCACUGCUACAGGUACUUCACUCACAGACACACCUGGGAGGAUGCAGAGAAAGACUGCAGAGAGCACAGUGCCCACCUCAGUAGUGUCGUCUCUACUACUGAGCAGGAGUUUAUCAAUGGUCUGGGUCAUGACAAUGCCUGGAUUGGACUAAAUGACCGCACAGUUGAGGAGGACUUUCAGUGGACUGAUGGCAACGAUCUGGUAUAUGAGAACUGGAGGGAGAGCCAGCCGGAUAACUUCUUUGCAGGUGGUGAGGACUGUGUGGUGACCAUUGCCCAUGAGGAUGGCAAGUGGAACGACGUGCCCUGCAACUACAACCUGCCCUACAUCUGCAAAAAAGGCACAGUGUUGUGUGGGACCCCGCCUGCAGUGGAGAACGCCCAUUUGAUAGGUCGGCGGAGGUCACACUAUGACAUCCAUGCAGUGGUCCGCUACCAGUGCUCUGAAGGCUUCUUCCAGCGUCACAUCCCCACUGCCCGCUGCCGGGCCGACGGGAGCUGGGAGAGACCCAGGAUCAUCUGCACAAAGUCCCGGCGAUCACACCGGUACCGACGCCACCACCACAAUCAGCGCCACGAACGCCGCAACCACAGGAGACACGGAGGAGACGGACACAAGGCCAGAGAGGACCCACACAGCUACUACUGAACCAAAUAAUACAAUAUCUGCAAUGCCUAGGUGCUAACCAUGGCCCAUAAAGACAGACAGUAGUUCACAUCACCCCAGAUUUCCUUUCCUUGCUUCUAACCAUGCUCUGUUUAGCUUUAUUCCUCCUGAUGAAUAAGGUUUUCUUACUCUAACAUACAGUUUAUCUACACACAUCUACCCUGUCUCUUGAUUUAGGGUGUUUUGAUGCUUCUUUUUGUCUUCAUCCUGCUUCCUUUAACCUGAGGUCCAUGCGAACACUAACUGUAACACACUAACUGUUGUUAAUGCCCCGCCUCCCUAACAUCUCAGUAAAUCCGCCUCCUGUCUAUGAACUAAAACCGUCUCUCUCGGCCUGUCACACUGACAGCAGUGUGUGAGCGUGUGUGAGCGUAUGCAUGUCAGAGAGAAACUUAGAAAAGUGCUGAGUCACUUUUUUAUGUAAAGGUUUGCUUGUUCCACAUGAAAAAUGACUCUCACCCUAGUAUUCUGUUUACAAAGCACAGAUGUAAUUGAUGCAAGAUAGCAUUCAGUCCCUGGUAACUCUGAGCUUUUUGUAUGUGUACUGUAGCUGUUACUUUUUCCAUAGAGCGCCUGACUAGCUGAUCUGUUUUAUUCUACUUACAUGCUUUUUUUCUAAUAUUUGCAGUGUUUUGGUGUUAUGUUACUAUUUAUUAUGAAUCAAUUGCUAGUGAAUAU